CUCACGUACUCACACCCCUUCCAUUAAUGCAUGCCACAAAGCUCGAGGGAAGAAUUUAAAUCCCUCCCACCGCUUCUCCUCCUUCCUCGCCCUACUGUGGGAAGACCAGAUGGGCAAGAAGCUAAGCUUGAGUUCCUUCCUGUUCAGGCUUAGGGACUCACCCAAGCCUUCUUGCAACUUCUCUUCUCCUCCUCCUCCUUCGUGGCCUUGGCCUUCCUGUAGGCACCCGAGGACCAGCUCCUUCCGGGACGUCGAUGGAGGCGCCAUCUACAAGACUGUGAACUCGGUGUACUUCGACUCCACGGACUCGUUCUUCACCCGCUCGUCGGAGGAGCAGGAGAGCUUCUCCACGGCGUCGGAGGACUCGGACGGGGACUCGGUGGAGACGGUGGUGCGGGGGCUGCGGUCGGACCGCCUCUUCUUCCGCCCCGGCGAGACGAGCUCGAUACUUGAGGAGGCGAAGACCGGAGAGCUACCCUUCAAGGACAGCGUCGUGCUGGCGAUGGAGUCGGAAGACCCGUACCGCGACUUCCGGCUGUCCAUGGAGGAGAUGGUGGUGGCUCAUGGGCUCAGAGACUGGGAACGGCUUGAGGAGCUUCUGGAGUGGUACCUACGCGUCAACGGGAAGAAGACUCAUGGCUUCAUAGUUGGAGCCUUCGUGGAUCUUCUUGCCGGCCUCGCUUCUCCUCUUACAUCUUCUUUUUCACCCUCCAAGUCAAUGGAAAUGGAGGAAAUCAAAGAGGAAGAAGGAAGCAGAUCAAGUUAACUUCUUUUGGAUCCAAGAAAAUAUGUACAUUGAUCGUCUUUUUUGAGCACUUCCAGUUCAUAUUGUCAGGUAGCUUUCAGAUAUUAAACCUUCGAGGCUGAUGGCUAUGAACGCCUUUCUCUUCCUUCUUUCUGUGCUGCUUCUCCCUCCUCCCUCUCACCUAAGUUCUCAGAUGUCCAAUGACAGAGGAAUACUUUCCAGCGUUCGCUAUUA